GGAAAGUGGUUUGUUUCUCUAUGGGUGCUGAAAAGCUAGUUGUAGUUGUAGGCGCAGGAUUGGCAGGUCUGGCGGCCGCUCGAGAAGUGCAAUCGCAUGGAGUAAGAGUGCUGGUUUUGGAAGCGUCGGGUGUUCUGGGCGGAAGGAUCAAGCAGCUCAAUGGGCUCGUGCCGUGGCCGGUUGAGCUUGGGCCCGAGUUUCUUCACGGAAAGCAAAACUCGUCCAUCGCCCAGAUAGUCAACGAGAUGGGCUGCACAAUGACAGAGUUCCCCUAUCAUAUCCUUGUCUCGUUUUCCUCUUGUUAUGUUUGCCUUGACAACUUGUCACCCGAUUUUUAUUAUGUUGGCAGUGAGAGUAGGCUCCUAACAUCCGAGGAGGCAGAGGACCAUUCUGAGAUUCAGACUGUGCAUGGCAUAUUUGCAGCACUCGCGGAAGAAACGCAUCCAUCGCCAGACAUAUGUAUGGACGAGUUUUUGCGGAGGAAUAAAGUGAGCAACACUGUCGUUCAGCUCGCCGAGUCUAUUUAUGCGAACGAUUUUGGCUGUUCGCUGCAUCAGCUCGGUGUUGGCGAGUGCAUCGAGGAGGCACGGCAGUGGAUUUACGGUGAUACUUACAUGCUCCUGGACAGGCCUCUUUCUUCAAUCGUGGAUCAUCUCUCCAAAGGAUUAAAUGUGCUGACAAGCCAUCCGGUUGAAGACAUCACGUAUUUUCCAACUGGUGAACUCGAAGUGAAAUGUAGAGGAGGUGCUAAAUUUCAAGCGCACUAUACAAUCGUGACCGUGCCAGUGAAAAUCCUGGAGGACGAGUCUAUUCGAUUCAAUCCACCGCUUCCAAAGAGUAAAGUGGAUGCAGCGUCCACCAUAGGAAUGUCAAGCGCUGUCAAGAUUCUUCUCGCUUUCUCGCAAAGAUUUUGGCCAGAGGAAAUGUUUGACGUCGUCUGCACCGAUUGCUUCGUGCCAGAGUUCUGGGCGACACAGUAUCCCUGCAAAUCCAGCCGCGACGAAGAAGCUCUCGGCAGUGUGCUGCUGGUCGGAUUCAUCGCAGGGGAAACAGCACGCCAGAUUUCCAAGCUUUCACACAGCGAGAUCUUCUCGAGAGCACUCUCUCAACUGGACGAGAUCUUCGCAAAGAUAAAACCAACCAAGAACGCAAAGCUCUCGAUUGAAACUUUCCAAGAGUCUGGCGGAUUCUACACUCGAGCAGCAGCGAAACCUUUCGAUCCGGAGCUCCAGCCAGCGUCAUUCUACUUCGCGGCAGCGUCUCUGGUGGAUUGGUCGCGCGAGGACUUCGUCCGUGGAGGAUACUCGCAUCCUUCUCUCAACGCUCGAGGUGCUCGCGAAGAACUCGCCAAGCCAGUCCAUGGAAGGCUCUUCUUCGCGGGCGAGGCUACUCAUCCUGGAGUGAAUCCUUGCAUGCAAGCAGCCAUCGACUCUGGAAUUCGCGCAGCUCGCGAAGUUCUUGGCUGUGUGAUCUAGAGAAUCGUUUUGGAAUCUCUUCAAGCUAUGUUAAUUUCCCUCCAAUAAAUCAAGCAAUCAGGGUUUUGGCUA